UCUGAGCGCUGCGUGCGCGCGUGCGGCGCGCGCGCAGGGCCAUCUCAGUGACGGACGGGUAUCAGGCUGGAUUAGAGGGAAAGGAAAGCGCGUCUCUCCAUGUCGGGGUGGAUUUCCAUGGCUGUGCGCUCCGCUCGGGUUGAAGCGCCGCUGCCCCCCUCCUCUGAGGACAGCCUGCGUGUCUGUGCGUGAGAAGCGGAGCGGGUUUUUAUGUGCGUGGACAGAAAUUUGGUCUCUGUCACUCCGGGCUGCGAUGCCAUUCCUCCCACAGGGACCUGAGCGCCUUGAUGGGUUAUCUCUGCUUUACUGGACGAUCAUGGGCCCCCACGGCAUCAACCGAGCUGUCCAGAGGCUGGAGUUCUCCGACUGCAAGAAGGGACUUGGUGUGAAAAUAAUUGGAGGCUACAGAGAGCUGACAGGUGAAGACUUUGGGAUCUACAUCAAGCGUGUGAUCGCAGGCGGCUUAGCUGCCCUGGACGGUCGGCUUAAAUCAGGGGACCUGAUUCUGGACGUCAAUAACAUCAGUCUGAUCGGAGUGACCAAUGACAGGGCGGUGGAGAUCCUGAGGAGCGCCUCUCUCUCUAAUCACAUGUCGCUGCUGAUCGCCAGAGACGAUGAAUCCAGGAGGGAGUUCGCUGAGCUGAUGGAGAAAUACGGCUCCAAUAACGUCACGGCGUCAGGAAGAAUCUCUCCAACACAGCUGUCCACUGGGAAGCUGACCGACACGGCCUCCUCCUCCUCUUCCUCGCGGUCAGAGAGCCCCCAGCUGCUCAGUCCUAAAGAAGGGAUCACCGCCUACAGCCACGCUCCACAUUAUGCCCCCGCCUACGCCGUGCACAUGCCCACACACGCCUUCAGCGACAGCGUCAUUCAGUUGAUAUGUGUUGCCAAGGGAACAGGCCUGGGACUCAUGGUCAAGGGUGGAGCCAACAGACCCGAAGGACCAAUGGUGUUCAUUCAGGAAAUAGUGCCUGGAGGAGACUGCCACAAGGACGGCCGGCUGCAGGUGGGAGACCAGCUGGUGUCCAUCAACAAGGAGUCUCUGAUCGGAGUGACGUACGAGGAGGUCCGGAGCAUCCUGAACCGCACCAAGCUCAGACCAGAUCCGACGGUAGAGAUCGCCUUCAUCCGGCGGCGGUCGUCGUCCAGCUCUAGCAGCGGUUCCCACAGUCCUGUCUGUCUGCAGGGCUUUGGAGCCGGGCCCCAGGCUAAGGCCCCUGGGCCGGGGGCUCCGCAGCCAGCUGUGCUCACAAAGAUCACUUCCAGCAGGAACCCCCCCUGUGAGACGCUGCCGCCGGUCAACGUCACGCAGGUGCGAGUUUCUCCGGUGCGACCCGAGCAGCCAGGCGUCUCCUCAGUAGCGUCGAGCGACUCCAGCGGCGACCCGAACCCCGAUUGUGGGAGCAGUCAGCCUCCUCAGAGGAAAUGUUCGCUCAGUUCCAGCUGCCGCUUCAAACUGGAGAGACUGGAGCAGGCUCUGGACCUGAUCGGUCUGAAGCCCACAGAGGCUCAGCGACAGACGCUGAGGUCCAGACUACGCGCCGAUCCGACGGGAACCGUGGCCUUCACAGACUUUGAGAGUCUGAUCCGGGAACUGUUCAAGCCCCAGCUGGAGGAACUGUUCGGCACCCAGUCGAGCACCAGAUUCAUGUCGGACGACUUCUGCUGCCUGCUGGAGUCUCCCACAAACCCCCGGCCAUCGCUGUCGGACUCAGACGACCUGGAGGAGAUGGAGAAGUUGAGGAAGGAGCACAUUGAGGCUCUGAAGGAGAUCAAGACUCUCCAGGAGCAGCUUGUCGAGUCGCAGAGGGUUAACCACGAGCUGCAGGAGGAGCUCAGCAAGGUCAGGCAGGAGGCUGAAGUUGGAGCAGAAGAGAGUCGGGCUCUAAAGACCAAGAUCCAGCUGGCUGAGGAGGCUCAGAAACAAGCCAGGGGGAUGGAGAUGGACUAUGAGGAGGUCAUCCACCUGCUGGAGGCCGAAAUCGCUGAGCUGAAGACUCAGAGGAUGGAGCAUCCAGGAACGACCAAGAAGGAGGAAUCGGAGGAGCUGAGGAAGAAGGUGGCCAUCCUGGAGUGUCAGCUGCGGAAGAGCGAGGCGGCCAAUCAGGGCUUAGAGAUGUCGACAGGAAAGCUGCUGAGCUUCGUGGAGAACAUUCAGGAGUUUCUGAUGGAAAUUCAAGGACCCACAAAGAGCCACAGGUAAACAGCAGUAACCUGG